UAGAAUAUUUCAUUCUUUCAGGGUUUAUUUUUUUAUAACUGGAAUGCUGAAAAUGUCAGAGAGAUUCUUGACAACUAUGAGUUUCCUUACUUAAAAUGCAACACUGCGGAAGAAGCGUUUGAUGUUCUAAUGAAAGCAGCUACUGAUUUGGUACAGAGCGGUGCUCAUCAUUUGAACUGUUCAGAGAAUUCCUCUCACUGGAAUGUAAUUGUUUUUUCGAUACUUUUCCAAGCUAGAGGCCGGUUCGAUACUGAUGUAUACAGUGAUUUUGGGAGCAUCUUAGCCUCGUCCUCUCAAAUAGAAAGUGCGGAUGUACCUGCAUCAGUACAGAAAGUAGCUAAUCAAAUAGUGAAAGAUCUGAGCCCUGAAAAAUUCAAAGCAAUGAGUUUAGAAGAGGCAGAAAAAUGGCUGAACACAUCGAAUACAACGUCAAGCAAAAUGUAUUGCGAAUUCAUUGAAAGACACGGUCAUCGAUGUCUUAAAGAAUUUGAUGUUAAUUCGACACCAUGGGGUCAAGAUCAACGGAUUUUUAUUAAACUCCUACAAACUUUAGCCGGCUGCGCAAAAGAAGACUCUGAAAACUCAGAUGAAGACUAUUCAAAAUUAUUUUCUGAACUACGGACGCCCUUAAAUGUCCUAAACAGGUGGCUUUUAAGAUUCGCUAUUCCAAAUUGUCGUAGGGGUGUAAGAUCGAGAGAAACUAGUAAGUCUAUGUUGAUUAAAAGUGUCGACCACUACAGAAAAGGUUUUAGACAUUUGGCGAAGUUGAUGGUGGCAGAAGGACGCAUUCCGGAUAAAGACCUUAUAUAUUUUAUGACAUUGGAUGAAAUUAGAGAUUUGUUGAAUACGAGAUAUCCAAAAAUAAUAUCCAGAGCAAAUCAACGCAGAAAAAUCUUUCCAGUGCUAGAUGAAUAUAAAUUUCCUGAAAUCAUACGUGGUUUUCCCAAACCAGUAAAUGAAAUAGAAGAAUCUUCAGAUACAACAGAUUAUAUUGCUGAUUUAACAAUGCAAGGCAUUCCUGUUAGCCAGGGUGUUGUUAAAGGAUAUGCUAGGGUUGCCGUAUCUCUGGAUCAAGCUGCGCAAUUACAGCCAGGUGAAAUUUUGAUCGCUUACAGUACAGAUAUUGGAUGGAGUCCUUAUUUCCCAAUAAUAUCUGGUGUUGUCACUGAGCUUGGAGGACUCAUUUCACAUGGUGCGGUUGUGAGUAGAGAAUAUGGACUUCCUUGCGUUGUUGGACUUCGAGGAGCCACAAAGCAAUUUAAAACAGGUGAUUAUGUUUUGCUUGAUGGAAAAAAGGGUGUGCUUCAAAGAUUACCGAAGCCACAAGACGAAGACAAAGAUUAAGAAGGCUCAAAAAUGCUCAUCAAUAAAGAUAUCUAUCAUUACUUUCAAAGAGCUUACAAAUUGAAGAAACUAGAACUGAUAUUCUUGCACGUCUGUUUACUUAGAUGAAAUCGAUGAAGUAUAUUGAAAUGUUUUUUGUAUAAAAAAUAAAAAUUUAUUUAUCAAAAAGAA